AUGAUCCUUCUUGACCUCCCACUGGAAACGCUAGACCACAUCGUAUCAACGAUUGCAUCGCCAGCCGACCUCGCAAACCUGGGUGAAGCCUGCCGACUUCUUCAUUCCAUCGUGUCUCCGAAUCAUACGCAGUUCCGGGAAAUCAGGGCGCCGCUGUUGUUACCCGUAUGGUCCAAGCUCGCAGAGAACCACUCGCUGGCGCAGAACGUGAGGAUUAUCGAGGUCCAGUCCGUAGAACUAUACCAAUACUCCGAUCGCGUUGACGAUCCACUCAUUCCUGGUGUCUUUCGAGAUCUGCAAAUCCCGCAAGCUCCUGUAAUCAACGACUAUGAAGACGACGACGGAGAUCCUCCUGUUGCGGCCAGAGCGUACGAUGCGGCGAAGAACGUCAUGCACCUCGGAGCGGAGCGUGUAUUCGUUGCUGCAUUGAAGGGGAUGGUCAACCUGACCUCUUUCAAGUGGUCGCGGACCCCGACAUUGAUCGAUCCGGCAGAAGAAGAGGAUGUAUGGACGGUCCUUAGAGGCCUACCCUGUCUGACCGAUGUAGAUGUCGUCGAUCGGGAGAAGCCAUAUGAAGGAGAUCUGGGAGAAGUGGACGACCCCGCGUACCAUAGACCAACCUUCAGCACGAAUUUCUUCUCGCUGAAAAGUCUCAAGUCAUUCUCUUUCAUUACAGAAGCGUACAACACUCCGUCCGCUGGAAAGCCGAACUUGGACUGCCUGGCUACGAUGCUCGUCAAUGAUUGUCCUGACUUGGAGGUCCUCAAGCUGUCAGCUACCAUGUUUAACAAUACUUUUCGCACUGUCCCCGGCAGAAUAUUACUGCGUGGUGCAUGGGCCUCUCUUAAGGAGGUUCAACUCCGCGGUGUUGAAUGCCUCGGCGAACUAUUAUUCCCAUUUCUCGCUGCCCAUCCCACCAUCGAGGUUCUGUCCCUCCUGGGAUCGACGCCCAUGAUGGAUCCUUCUUAUAUUAGCAGCGCUGGCAGCCUUCCCAUUCGCGGUCUCCUUCCAAGGUUGCGAAUCAUUCGCGGUACGCCUUUGGGACGCCUCCUGCUAGCCAUUAUGACUUCCUCCCUGCAAUCACCCCGCCCCUUGGAAGAAAUGGUCGGCGCCAUACCCAGUGAAUCUUUUCUUCAUGCUUUGAAGCAGAGCGGAAGUGGGUCGAAUGUCAAGAGAAUAGUGUUUUGGUCUUUAAAUGACGUAUCACUUCUAACAUUCAUUCCCCAACUCGCCGUGAUUGUCCCUAAUCUGGAGUCCCUUGUUAUGAAGUUCCACCCUCAGAACGAAUAUGGAGUCAGCCAAACAUCGGGCACUUUUCGCGUCGAGCUCGUCAUUCACGUUGUCCACCGAAACCCAAGUAUGUGUCCGCAGGUCGUGGCAACAGCGACAAGACACUCUUUGACGCGAUUUCAAACGGCGCCGAGGAUCACCCGCCGCCUACCCCGCAGUCCCAAGACAGGCCUCCCGCAACCCCACGUCAAAAUCAUCACCCGCGAGUUCGCGCCAUGUCGUCUGGAAGACCACUACCACACCACGCUCAAGGACGACCUCAUGUACAUGACAUACACGCACCAAGUUGGGGAAGCCAAACAACCACGUCAAAUUCGACUCAAGUUCGACCCGAACGAUCCGUACUCCAAAUACCGACGCAACACGCCUGUUGGAGGGUCGCAAAUUGGGAAGAAGCCCGCGCCACCGUCGUCGCCUGAUAAUAUCGUACGACUAGAGAAGAUCCAGCUGCAUACGAUGGUAAAGGAGGCCGUGUCGAACAAAGGGAACCUGCUCGGUGCAAUGAUGCAGAUGAAGGCGCUGACCGGCGAGUCGUUCCAAGCUGGUGGCCAACAUGCCGUUCAAGGUAUCGAGCUCGUGCGGGGGAAGAAGUCUGUUGGUGGAUGGCUACGGCCUGGUGUCCCCGUGGGCGUCAAGGUCGACUUGAGGGGGCAGGCCAUGUAUGAUUUCCUGGGUACUCUCGUCGAAUUCGUCCUGCCUCGACUACGUGACUUUUCGGGUAUCGUCCUUCCUCCAUCAUCAUCGUCUGUAAACACACCGAGUGCCGUCUCGGGAGUUGUAUCUUUUGGUCUUCCAGCACAGGCCAUCGUCUUCUUUCCGCAAAUCGAAGUCAAUGUUGAUUCUUACUCAAAACUAUACGGAAUGCACAUCCACUUCGUGACAAAUGCAAGAGGAGUUGGUGCCCAGGACCGUGCCCGGGCCUUGGUAUCAGGGUACCAAAUUCCUUUCAUUCGCAAGUAG